CAACAGGAGAGUAGGCUGAUGGAGAAGGGUUGAGCAGUUACAGCAGUCAUGUUGUAGUUGCUUCAGCAUCAGGCUCGGCAUAUUUAUGUCAGACUUGGUGGAUGUGGAAAUGCAUACGAUUUAGCAAAGUCGGGUGCUGCAGUUGCAGUUCUUCCAGUGACAACUUCAACUACCUGCCAAUGGCGCCUUUAACAAGCUCCAACUGAGAAAGGAACCGGAAAUACGUCAUUUGUUGUCUACGCGUACUCGCGUCGGUUCGGUUGUUUGCAUUAAUGGGAGCUUUUUGGUGUUUGUAGUUUUAGCUCUAGUGCUUGUCUGUCCGGUGCUAACUCACAGCAAGCGGUCGGACAGUAAAGCAGAGGUCGUGAGUCGGCCGGUUUGUCCGUUUGUUUAGUUCAAAACGGAGCCGCCGAGCGCGACACUGCCAUUAUGAGCUCGGGCCAACCGAGCGACAGCAGCGAACCAGAGGAAGCUCGGCUUACCCGCGACUCCGACGAACUGUUCCGAGAGGACGAGAGCGAGGAAGAGGAGGAGGAGGAAGAAGAGGAUGUCCGCUCGAGACCGUCGUCUCCGGAGAGUAGGCGCGAGAAUUCCCGAGCUAAGGCUAGCUCGCGGCCUGAAUCAGCGGCGGACGGCGGAGCUCCGAGCCCCGGCUUCAGGACCUCCAGUGCGCGCGAGUCGCUCUUCUCAUGGCUGCGGAACCGGAGCGUGCGCAGAGGGCCGCUUGUGGAUCCGGCCCGGGAUAACUUUCGGACUAUGACUCGCCUUUAUUCAUCCAUGAGCCCCGCCACGGACUCGGUGAACCUCAGCACCCAAACUCACGGUGCCGUGUUUAACCUGGAGUACUCCCCGGACGGGUCGGUGCUGACUGUGGCCUGUGAGCAGACAGAAGUGCUGCUGUUCGAUCCUGUUUCCUCCAGACACAUCAAAACGCUGGUGGAGGCUCAUGAGGACUGCGUGAACAACAUCAGGUUUCUGGAUAACCGGUUGUUUGCCACCUGUUCUGAUGACACCACCAUUGCAUUGUGGGACUUGAGAAAGCUGAACUCAAAGGUGUGUUCAUUGCACGGCCAUGCUAGCUGGGUGAAGAAUAUCGAGUAUGACACACACACGCGCUUGCUUGUUACGUCUGGCUUUGAUGGAAAUGUCAUCACCUGGGACACCAACAGGUUCACAGAAGACGGCUGUCCCCAUAAGAAGUUCUUUCACACGCGCUAUCUGAUGCGGAUGCGUCUAACGCCGGACUGCAGUAAGAUGCUCAUCUCCACCUCCUCUGGUUACCUGCUCAUCUUGCAUGACCUUGACCUCACCCAGAGCCUAGAGGUCGGCAGCUACCGCAUCCUACGGGCGCGACGUGCCCCACUCAGCACUGAAGGUUCUUCAACAGGCUCCAGGACGUCAGGCUCUCGCCAUGGCAAUGACAGCAAAGCCCAUCCUCAUAGAGAGGGUUUGUCUCCUAGGAACAGUCUGGAAGUUUUGACCCCAGAGAUCCCAGGUGAGAGGGACCGGGGGAACUGCAUCACUUCACUGCAGCUGCACCCCAAAGGCUGGGCCACACUCCUGCGCUGCUCCAGCAACAUGGAUGACCAGGAGUGGACGUGUGUGUACGAGUUUCAGGAAGGAGCUCCUCCUCGGCUGCCGGUCUCACCUCGCUGCUCUCUGCGGCUCACGCACUACAUUGAGGAGGCCAACGUGGGCCGUGGCUACAUCAAGGAGCUGUGCUUCAGCCCGGACGGUCGCCUUAUCUGCUCUCCAUACGGUUACGGCGUGCGUCUGCUGGCCUUUGACGAGCGCUGCGGGGAGCUUGAGGAGUGUGUGCCUGAGCGUACGGCGCUGCUGCGUGAGGUUCGCUCAAUCUACUCUCACAGUGACGUGGUGCUCACCUCCAAGUUCUCGCCCACACACUGUCAGCUGGCCUCAGGCUGCCUCAGCGGACGUGUAGCACUCUACCAACCCCACUUUUAACACACACAAACACACAGUUUUCUGGCAGGUUGACCCUUAGAGGGGUUCGUGUUCACAGUGUCAAGAUGUGACUGCAGGUUUGUGUAAAUGAUUCGAGUGUUUUUACAGCAGUUUGUUUUGUGUUCUUUAAACUGUGUAAUCUCUACAAUUUUUUGAAUGUACAUGUGCAGUAAUGAGAGAAAUAGCCAUUAAACGGUUUUCAGAG